CGGGCUGGCUGGGGCCGGGGGCGUGGGCGCAGACUCGGGAGGACGCGGCGGCUGGCCCGGGACGAAGGGGCUGCGGCCAUGACCUCGCCAUGGAGAGAGGUGCUCCUGGAGAGCCUCCUGGGAUAUGUUUCUUGGUCUCUCUGCCAUGACCUGGGCCCAAUGAUCUAUUACUUUCCCCUGCAAACACUGGAACUCACUGGGCUGGAAGGUUUUGCUGUAGCAUUUCUUUCUCCAUUAGUCGUCACAAUUACUCCUGUCUGGAAACUGGUUAAUAAGAAAUGGAUGCUAGCCUUGCUGCGGAUAAUUACUGUUGGUAGCAUCGCCUCCUUCCAGGCUCCCAAUGCCAAACUUCGGCUCAUGGUCCUUGCGCUUGGUCUGUCUUCCUCCCUGGUGGUGCAUGCUGUGACGUGGUGGACAGGAAGUGGCUUGCAAAGGUACUUCAGAAUCUGGGGAUUUAUUUUAGGACAGAUUCUUCUUCUUGUUCUCCGCAUUUGGUACACGUCACUAAACCCAGUCUGGACUUAUCAGAUGUCCAACAGAGUGAUACUGACAUUAAGUACCAUUGCCACACUUGAUCGCAUUUACACAGAUGGUGCCUGCUGUAAACCUCAACGGAAAAAGAAUGGUGAGGCAGCCAAGGCAGUGGCUUCUUCUCUGGACUGGUUGUUGGCGGGCGCUGCCUUUGGCAGCCUCGUGUUCCUCACCCACUGGAUUUUUGGAGAGGUGUCCCUUGUCUCCAGAUGGGCAGUGAGUGGACACCCCCAUCCAGGGCCAGAUCCGAACCCAUUUGGAGGUGCAGUUCUGCUGGGCUUGGCGAGUGGAUUGAUGCUUUCACCUUGUUCAUGGUUUCCUGGUUCCAGUUUAAUCUGGUGGAUUACAGGAGCAACCUCGGCGGCAGGACUCCUUUACCUGCCCACAUGGGCAGCCGCUGUGUCUGGCUGUGUGCUCGCCCUCUUCACGGCAUCCAUGUGGCCUCAAGUGCUUGGACACCUUAUCAGCUCAGGCUCAAGCCCUGGGAAAGCCAUGACCACUGCCAUGAUAUUUUAUCUUCUAGAAAUAUUUUUCUGUGCCUGGUGCACGGCUUUUAAAUUUGUCCCAGGAGGUGUGUAUGCCCGAGAAAGAUCUGAUGUGCUUUUGGGGACAGUGAUGCUAAUUAUUGGGCUGAAUAUGCUAUUUGGUCCCAAGAAAAGCAUUGAUUUUCAUUUUCAAACAAAAAACAGUCCUAAAGUGCUUUUCAGGAAGAGUGAAAAAUACGUGAAACUUUUUUUGUGGCUGCUUGUUGGUGUGGGAUUGUUGGGAUUAGGACUACGGCAUAAAGCCUAUGAGAAGAAAUUGGGCAAAGGGGCACCAGCCACAGAGGUCUCUGCUGCCAUCUGGCCUUUCAGGUUUGGCUUUGACAAUGACGGAUGGUCUAGUCUAGAAAGAUCAGCUCAACUGCUCAAUCAAACGGGUGCAGAUUUCAUAACAAUUUUGGAGAGUGAUGCUUCUAAGCCCUAUAUUGGAAACAAUGACCUGACCAUGUGGUUAGGGGAGAAGUUGGGUUUCUACACUGACUUUGGUCCAAGUGCACGGGAUCACACUUGGGGGAUUAUGGUUUUGUCAAGAUACCCAAUUGUGAAAUCGGAGCAUCACCUUCUUCCAUCACCAGAGGGCGAGAUUGCACCAGCCAUCACGCUGACCGUCAACAUUUCCAACAAACUGGUGGAUUUUGUUGUGACCCACUUUGGCAAUUAUGAAGAUGACCUCGACAGGAAACUUCAAGCUAUUGCUGUUUCGAAACUACUGAAAAAUAGCUCUGAGCAAGUGAUAUUCCUGGGAUAUAUCACAUCAGCACCUGGUUCCAGAGAUUAUCUACAGCUCAUUAAACACGGCAAUGUGAAGGAUAUUGACAGCACAGAUCAAGACAGAUGGUGUGAAUACAUUAUGUAUCGAGGGCUGAUCAGAUUGGGUUAUGCAAGAAUCUCCCACGCUGAACUGAGUGACUCUGAAAUUCAGGUAGCCAAAUUUAGGAUUCCUGAUGACCCAAUUAAUUAUAGAGACAACCAGAAAGUGGUCACAGACCAUAGGGAAGUUCCAGAGAAAAUUCACUUCAAUCCCAGAUUUGGAUCCUACAAAGAGGGGCACAACUUUGAGAACAAUCAUCAUUUUCAUAUGAGUACUCCCAAAUACUUUCUAUAAACUAUUUAAAAUAAGAAUUCACUGACUGAAUAGUCCUAAGGAAAAGAAAAAUAUUAUAGGAUAAGAAGAAGAGAUGAACUAAAGUGGGAAGAUACACACAAAAAAACCCCUCAAUUUUGGAAAAAUACAGUAUCUACCCAGUGGGAAAUACUAUCAGUAUAACAUGUGUGCUAAGUCGCUUCAGUUGUGACUGACUCUUUGCAACCCCAUGGAAUGUAGCCCGCCAGGCUCCUUUGUCCAGGCAAGAAUACUGGAGUGGGUUGCCAUGCCCUCCUCCAGGGGAUCUUCCCAACCGGGACUGAACCCGA